AUGCUUACGUCCAGGAGUGAAGCCAAGCACUGCACUGAGAAGGCUUCGGCUCUGAGACUGUCUCUCUUUCUUCUGAGUGGCGCCUUUAUUGCUUUGGCUCAGACCUGUGGCUGCUUGAGCUUCUCUUUCGAUGAGGUGAACUCGGGACCCCAUCAAUCUGUGGUGGUUGCAAAUGUACCUCUUGUUGGGCUCUUCUUUUACAUCUACAGCGGUGAGACGCUGACAAGACCACAAAUUCUGGGAUGCCUUCUGAUAAUGGCGGGCGUGCUGUACAUGUCUGGCCUUUUGACACAGCCAGCACACGAUCAGUCAGCCCUGCAAGAUCGAUCGUUUUUCUGGAUUUGCAUGUCCUGCUUGUUCUAUGCUGCUUCCAUUGUCACCAUCCGCUUAGCAGGCGAAGAGGAUUUGCCCUCACGGCCAAAAUCGGCCGCAAUCGUUUUCUCAUCUGGAUCGCUAGGAUACCUUCUGCUUCGGCUCCUCCUAUCUGAUGGGAGCUACAGCUCGAUACUGAGACCUGCAAAUCUGGUUUGGCCUACGCUCAAUGCAGUGGCAUCUAUGCUGGGCCUCUUCACCGUGGUUGCAUCCUAUGAGGUGCCAGAUACGAAGGCUGCAUUGGCAACGGCCAUCAUCGACAGCAACUCAGUCCCUAUGUGCAUCCUGAAUUUCCUGCUGCUUGGAGAGGUGCCAAAGGUGUCAAAGAUUGCUGGAAUGAUGCUGGUGCUCCUUGGCUGCUCUGUGGCAUCUCUGAAGCCAGAAGAUCAGGAAAAUUACAAGAUGCUGCCAUCUCACCCUGUUGAACAGUUGACUUCCCUCCGGCAGUCUGUUUGGAUCAAGGUGGCAGCCUCCUCUAGCUACACCUACUGGAUUUCUCGCUUGUGCUGGGGCGGACAGUGGAGAGAUGCACUGGCGCUGGCCCAGCGCAUACGUCUGGCCAAACUGGAUGUGAGGAGUUAUGGAGCUGAGCUGCUCGCAUGCAGCAAGGGGACGCAGUGGAAAGCAUCUUUGCUCAUCCUGGAGGAGAUGAGUGUUUCCAGAGUCGAGAUGAACUCGGUGAUUUGGAGCGAAGUCUUGUCUUCAAUGGCCAAAGCGCGCCAUUGGAGACGAGCACUAUCGCUGCUGAUGGAGGUCGAGGAAAAUGCUCCAAAAGAUGCGACCAUCGUGCUGUACAAUAACCUCAUCACAGCAAUGGGAACUCAUUGGUCUCGAGCCCUUGCGAUUCUCCACCGCGCUCAGCAGCGACACCUACAGCCAACAAACAUCACGCUGAACUCUCUCAUCGCCGCAUGCUCGCAAGGUGCUGAUUGGGCAGAGGCAGUAAACUUGUUUUUUGAUAGAAGCAUCGCCAUUGCUGAUUUGGUGUCUCUGAAUACCGCCAUUGCAGCAUGUGGUAAUGCAGGGCGCUGGGAUGCGGCCUUACGGCUCUUCAGAUCGUGCGCCAGUCGCAGGAAGAUUUUGGCUGGCGAAUCUUUUGACAUCGUGACAUGGAAUGCGAUUGCAGGUGCCUGUGCAGUUGGUCAGCAGUGGAAGUUGGUCCUUUCAAUGGGCGCCGAAAUGACCAGGCACAAUUUGGAGCCCAACAUCCUGACCUUUAACACGAUGCUGAAAUCCUGUGCUCAGGCUCAUAGAUGGCCUCUUGCCCUGGCUGUAUUUGCGGAGUUACAACAGAGCAGCUGUCGCAGUGACAUUAUUACAUAUACUACAGUGCUUUCUGCCUUGGAAGUUGCAAGUCAUUGGCAGAAAGCUGUUAAGCUUUACUUCCAUGAGCUUGCACUCUCAGGCAUCGAGACCAAUGUUGUAGCAAGCAACUCUUUGCUGGCUGCUUGCGCUGCCGGGCAACAAUGGGAAUUAGUCACGCAGCUGGUUUUAGCAGUGGACCGUCUGGCCCCACAUGACCCUUUCACGUAUGGUAUAGUCAGCAAUAUGCUUCAGCAGGGCAGUCAGUGGCGACCGAUGCUAGCUUUGCUGCAGCAAGCUUCUUGCCAUACAUCCCACCUUGGCUUUCUGCGCGCAAACGUUAUUGCGGCCUGCGAGCAGGCUUAUCACAGUCUGGUUCCGGUGGUAAGUCUUCUUGGGACAGGCAGGAGGGUCAGCUCAAGUUUGGAUCUGAGGCGGGGUCUGCCUUUUCAAGCCGCGAAUGUGACGAUCAACGCAGUCAGCCAAAGGGGUGCUAAAAAGACGAAACAGGUGACUCUUGACGAAGCGCUGUGGGUCGUCCUUCAACAAAGUGUUUGGGCAGGCAGGGCUCGGCGACCUCCGGGUGCCACCAAGGAGGACACCCGUGCGCUGGCUUCUCCGGACGCAGGCACCAGGGCAUCGCGGAAGUCCUUCGACAAGUGCACAGAGGACGAUGGUCCAACUCGAGAAGGCGCGAUGCAGGGCUAG